AUAUCUGCAAUCUUUGCCAUUAAACGUCAACAAGCGCAGAGAAACAACAAGCGCAGCAGAAGUCGCCAUCUCCAACGCCGUCGCCGCAACCAUCGGAGAACCGUGAAGAACCACACACAGCAACAGCAACAGCUACCAAGUCCGAGCUCUCUUUCUUCGUCCACUCUUUCAUCAUGUACUAUCCGCCCGUUGAUAGUUAUACCGGUUAUCGGGUAACUCCACCCCAAAACAACAACAACAACAACAACAACAGUAGUAGUGGUAUCAACAACAACAAUAAUAAUAACAACAACAACAGCAGUAGUAGCAGCAACAACCAACACCACCACCACCACCACCACCACCAACACAUCCACAGAAUGGACACCGAUGAUGUCGAGUCGAACACGAGCAGCGCCAUUACCACAUUGGGCACCCUCUUCUCAUUCCAAUCGCCGGCCGUCAAAAAGUUGUUGGGCUGGAAACAGGGCGAUGAGGAGGAGAAAUGGGCCGAGAAGGCCGUCGACAGUUUGGUAAAGAAGCUCAAGAAGCGUAAAGGUGCCAUCGAGGAACUAGAACGUGCCCUAUCCUGCCCCGGUCAGCCAUCCAAGUGUGUGACCAUACCACGAUCGCUCGAUGGACGAUUACAGGUAUCUCAUCGCAAAGGCCUGCCGCAUGUGAUUUAUUGCCGCGUUUGGCGCUGGCCGGAUCUACAGUCGCAUCACGAACUGAAACCGCUCGAAUUAUGCCAAUAUCCGUUCAGCGCCAAACAGAAGGAGGUCUGCAUCAAUCCGUAUCACUACAAGCGCGUGGAGAGUCCAGUAUUGCCGCCAGUUUUAGUGCCGCGUCACUCGGAAUUCGCGCCGGGUCACUCGAUGCUCCAGUUCAAUCAGAUGGCCGAGCCGAGUAUGCCGCACAAUGUGAGCUACUCGAACAGCGGCUUCAACUCGCACAGUCUCAGCAAUAGCAACACCUCGGUGGGCAGCCCCAGUUCCGUGAACUCCAAUCCGAAUUCACCGUACGAGAGCCUGGCUGGUACACCGCCGCCCGCUUACAGCCCCUCCGAGGAUGGCAACUCCAACAAUCCGAACGAUGGCACACAAAUGCUCGACGCCCAGAUGGGCGAUGUGGCUCAGGUUAGCUACUCGGAGCCGGCCUUUUGGGCAUCCAUUGCCUACUAUGAGCUCAACUGCCGUGUCGGCGAGGUGUUCCACUGCAAUAAUAAUUCGGUGAUUGUCGACGGCUUCACGAAUCCAUCCAACAACUCCGAUCGCUGCUGCCUCGGCCAGCUGAGCAAUGUCAAUCGCAACAGUACCAUAGAGAAUACACGCCGUCACAUAGGUAAAGGCGUUCAUCUGUACUACGUAACCGGCGAGGUCUAUGCCGAAUGCUUGUCCGAUUCAGCGAUAUUUGUACAGUCGCGCAACUGUAACUAUCACCAUGGCUUCCAUCCGAGCACCGUUUGCAAAAUACCGCCGGGCUGCUCAUUGAAGAUCUUCAACAAUCAGGAAUUUGCUCAACUGCUGUCGCAAUCGGUGAACAAUGGCUUCGAGGCCGUUUAUGAGCUGACGAAAAUGUGCACGAUCCGCAUGUCAUUCGUGAAGGGCUGGGGAGCCGAAUACCAUCGGCAGGAUGUGACAUCGACGCCCUGUUGGAUUGAGAUACAUUUACACGGGCCGCUGCAGUGGCUGGACAAGGUGCUCACACAGAUGGGGUCGCCGCAUAAUGCAAUAAGUUCCGUAUCCUAAAGACAAAAUCGGGGAAACUUUGAGAAAAGAAAAGAGGGAAUCGAUUGGAGAAAGGAAAUAACAAAUACAGACACAGAAACACACACACACACACGCACACCUGCGGGCAUAGUGAGCUAUGCUAAAAGACGUGUUUUAGUUAUGUGUGCGUGUGUGUGUGGAUAUAUAUGCCUUACACACAUAUAUAUAUAUAAAGAUAGAUAUAUAUGUAUAAAGAAAGAUAUAUAACUAGUUAUAUAUUAGACAGCUACUCAACCCGCCUCUCGCCCAACUACACAUACUUAUCUAUUUUAUAGUUUAAACAUAUGAUUUUCUAUGCGAAUGUCAUUCCUUAUGCAACAAAUUGAAAACUAUGUUGAAGCAAACAAGCAAGCAAAA